UACAUGUACCAUUUCAGUAAACAUUGCAUUGCGCAAUAUACACGUGCAUUCGGAUUGUGAUGAUGUGAUUUGUUGUUCACCCAUCUUUCUCGUUGCUGUUGGUGCUAAAACAUUUCGAAUUGUCAGUUUUCAAACUUGAAAAAAGGACAUGUCUUCAGAAGAUCAAGAUGUCUCAGGAGACUCCGACUUGGACUCAGAAAAGAAGUCCUCUUUGGACGAGGGUGAGGAUGAGAUGGAGAAUCAGGCUGGACCGUCAACUUCCAAUGGAGCAGUAAGUACGAAUUUCAAAAAUCCAGAUGCAUCGGCAAAAGAUGAAUCUAGUGAAGGCAGCGGUGACGAUGACAGUGAUGAUGAUGAUGAUGAUGAUGACAGCGAUGACAGUGAAGACAGUGAUGAGAGUGAUGAUGGAGAGGAAGAAAGGGAUGAUGAAAACAGAUUUUUACCUGAGGUCAAAUUGCCAAAGACAAUAACGUGUGAUGAGAGUGUGAUGUCCCUACAGUUUCACCCCAAGGGUAACAUGUUAGCUGCUGGACUUAUCGAUGGGUCGAUCACAUUGUAUUCUUACUCAGCAGAAGAACCCAACGAGGAGCUGAUGUUUGAAGAAGUCCACAAGAAAGCUUGCCGGGCCAUUGCAUUCUCAGAAGAUGGGAAAUCCGUCUUUUCCGUCUCCAAGGACAAGUCAAUAAGCAAGCUUGACGUAGCCACUGCAUCUGUAGAGCUGAGCUUGGAGAAGGCCCAUGAAGAUCCGAUAUACUGCUUGGCUGUGGUAGAUGAGAACCUGGUCGCUACUGGCGAUGAUGACGGACAUUUGAAGGUUUGGGAUCUCCGGACACAAAAAGCCAUCAUGGAGAUGAAAGAAAAUGAAGAAUUUAUCAGUAGUCUGAUUGUUGGCAAGGACAAAAAGAUACUCCUCUCAACAAGUGGUGAUGGCACACUGUGUGCGUUCAACGUUCGGAGAAGACGUUUUGAUCUCCAGUCUGAACAUGUCAACAGUGAGCUUCUAUGUGCGAAUAUUAUAAAGAAAGGACAGAAGGUUGUCUGCGGUGCCAGCGACGGCGCUUUGAAUAUCUUCAACUGGAACGAGUUUGGUAACAUCAGUGAUCGGUUCCCUGGUCACUCCUCCUCCAUAGAUUGCUGUGUACCCGUCACAGAGAAUAUCAUCUGUACAGGAUGUAUAGAUGGAACCAUCAGGGCAGUACACAUGCUACCGAACCGUUUCUUAGGAAUUGUUGGAGAACAUGAGGAACUCCCAGUGGAGAGCAUGACGGUUUCCUUUGACUCAAAGUACCUUGCGUCCUGCGCGCUCGAGGACAAGAUCAGAUUCUGGGGUGUGGAACAUUUACAGAAAACAAACGUCGAUCCCAGAGGCAAGGCAGGAAAGAAUGACGCCUCGAAGAGACUUACGGGAUCGGGAAAGGAGGACAAUUUCUUUGCUGAUUUAUGACGAAAGCAAAGUAGUUAUACGUUGCAAGGACAAUAUCUGACCGGUUUUGACGAGGAACAGUGCAACGUAUUUAUUCUUUCUGCACGUGGAAGUCCUUUGUAUGACUACCAGAUUUGUUUUUAAUUCAGUCUCUCUAUUUCUAAGGAUCAUAUUGUAGGGAGCAAUGCCAUACACAUAUCAUGAAAAUCUUAGGGGGUGUUGCAAAAAAAUAUUUGUAAUCAAUUGCAAUUUCAGUAGCAAAUUUACAAGUGAUAGAUCGAUUUUAAUUUAAGUCAGUUUAUUCUUGUUUAAGCAGACCAGUGAUCAAUAGUAAAUUGGCAAUUAAUUGUGAGACUUACAAUUGGUUUGGGGAUCUAGUUUCAAUUGCAAUUUUCUCGCAGCUGACCACCAUGCAAUUUCAGCUGACACUGUCAAAAAUAUGGUGGCAGAGCCUGAUUUCUCUUUUUUAACAUUCAUAGCUGCAGUACUUUAUACAUUUAUAUUCUUGUUUCAAACAAAAAGUGUAGAAUUCCAUGUCCUGGACCCACAUUGCAAAAACCAUCAUGUUAACUUUGCCAUCCAGUGGCAACUUCCAUGGUUACAGGGUUAUAGCUAAUCAAAAUUGGGGAUUCCACUGAAAUUACCAUUGAAUGAUACAAUUUCAAUUAUUGUAUUAACUUUUGUGCAACAGGAUCAUGAUCUUUCUUCUUGUCGAUUGUUUUCCUGUGUUUUGAUUUGACAUUCAUGACCAAGAUAUUUUUCUGUGUCAAAAUCAUGCAUAACCUCAUAUUGUACUUCGAAAGAAAAACAAUCCCCUUUAUUGUAAAAAUACUUUUUUUCCCCCUUCAUUGCUAUUAUUGGAGUUUGGAACUACCACCAUACACUGAAGAUGAAACAGGAAAAACAUGAGACAUGAAAGGUUUGUAAAAUCAUAUCACUCUACACACAACUUUCUUACACCCCUCUAUGCCACAAAGAUAUAAAUACUCAGUACAACACAAUAUAUUUUGUGAAAUUCAUUCACUUUUAAUAUGAAAAACGGAAAUGAAUUGCUGUGUUGUUUACAAGUACAUUUUAUGAUAAAUGUUUACACUACAUCAGAGUACAUGAUUAUAAACAGUGAGUUUAUUAUUUUUUUACUUCAUAAUUGUACUCGGUGAAAAACUACAAAAAUUUCAUGCUUGCUUGCAAGUGAAGGCCAUUGAAGCAUAUAAGAGCUCGACUUUUUUUACCUAUGAAAAAUCCAAAUGUGUGGUUGUCAAAUAGGCUAAUCUGAAUUCUUCUCCAAGCAUAUCCCAAGUUUCAAGUUUUUUUGUAGAAAUUUUGCAUAAAGAUAGAAAACAUACAAAAGGAUUGGUUUGAAGAACAGAAAAUUGCCGGAUAUUGAUAAUUUGAACGAUUUGAAUAUGCAUUGAAAUAUUUAUUAUAACUGUAUAAUGUGGCAGUAGGAUGAAUAAAAUGAUGUAUGAAUUUUCAUAUCUGUGAUUUUAUACUGAUGUAUGAUUUUAAUACAUUAUUACCAGCACAAAGUGCAAGUUGUAUGUGUGAUCUAUUAUCAAAGUGUAGUGCAUUUAUAAGUUAUGCAUUUUUUGUUAUGCCUACAUUUAUCAUGCAAUUUCUAUUCAUCUUUGAAAAAAAAUGAAACCCUUUAUUUAAUCCCUUUUGAGAGUGAGUGGGUUGUCAGCCUAGUUAAAUGACCCCGGUGAAAAAAGGGAAUUGGAUAAGAAAAUGAGAAUUUUGCUGGUCUACAUUGCAUUAAUCGCCUAGGAAAUGUUGGCAAAUGACCAAUGAUCAGUCUUACAUUAUAAUAGCAAUCCUUCACAGACCUAAAUAAAAACAAAUUAGGUUGUUUAUGUAUUAAAAUACAUGCCAUCAUAAUCGACUAAUGAUACAACAUGACAUGGGAUAAACCAAACAUUCUUUUGAACAGCCUCACAAAGUAAAUGUUAGCUACUGUUUAUUUAUACACAUUCAAAGAUUACUGAACUCACAUAAAUACUAUUUCAUUUAGAUACACAAUUCACACAGAGUAAUACAUUUACACAGAGCAAGAUGGUGGAUCAAGCAGAGACUUUUUUCCAAUACACGUAGAUAUUGCAGUGAUAUUGAUCCACAUCAAUUAAAAAGAUGGAAGGGGGGGGGACUCAAAUUAAAGGGACGAGUUAAGUUUGAUGGAAGUACAAAAAUUAACUUCUGACUGAAUAAUAGAAAUAAUAUGCAAUAUGUAUAUAGUGCUGCAUACUACUACCCCGGCUUUAGCACGGCUUCCCUGAUCGAGUGCUCGAAUACUCAUGUAGUUCCUUCUUACCACAUACUUACUUCACCUGGGUGGAGAGUGGCAAUUGUAAAUAAUCGCCUUCUCUGUACUGUAUCUUUUCCUGGUAUUUGAUCAACAAUACCUGAACUUUUUAGACAAAAUGGAAGUCAUGAACUAUUUAAAAUGGCGAAAAAUAUUUGAGGUUCAUCGUACAUUAUGCCUGAUUAUAUUAUGUAACUAGUAGGAGUAGUAACAUUCGAUGACACUCUUCAAUUUCUCCAGAUAGUAAUAGACACCAGUCACUUUUGUAAGUUGGACUUUAGAUGAGGCAGCCCAUGCAACAUCAAACUGGCCAAGAUAAGGGUGCUGCGUACUCAAAAAGUAUGCUGGGACAAAAAUAAUCCAUAAUUUGGCGCCCCUUGAAGCGUCAACUUGUGACCAAAAACUGCCCUCCUGUGUUCCAAACUUAGCAGCAUGUUCAUUUCACAUUAAAAUGUUAAGUUGCUUAUAAGAAAAUCCACUAAAUCAUAAGAACUUUGAACCUGAUGUGUACUACUUCGCUCCUAUACUUCACAUUUCGUCUGCUGUGCAAUACCCUGUGCAGCCUACAAUGCUAGUCUUGUGCGAAGACCCACUUGUUGAGCAAAGUUUCAAUCAGGGUCUGUGCUUGCAGACUAGUUCACAGUAGCACUCAAGGUCAUUGUAUGAAACUCUUCAAAUAUAGAAGGAACUCAGAAGUUACAAACGGAUUCUAUCAAGAAGAGAUUGACACCUGGAACAGUCUCCCUUCUUUUGUGGUCUCGGAAUCUACCUUGCAUGUAGCUCUUAAAAAGAAGACUGGACAAAACACAGGUCCUCCUUACACCAAAUCCUACAUAGCCCAGCGAAAGUCAGGGUAAUAAUAAUAACAGUGCCAAAUGGGAGAACAGCUUUGGAACUGAAGUGGCUAACCUGGGUCCAUAUGCCAUUAUUACUGUUAUUAAUUCCUCCCAUAAAGACCAACCUCCACACAUGCGAGUUAGUCGUUUAAGGACUUACACAAGCUUUAUUUCAAUGGAGAGGCCAGAAGUGCGACGAGAGUCCUACUUCUUCCGUACAAUGAUGAGAUUUUAUAUUACAUGCAUGUAGUUUAAAAAUCUAUUUCUUUAUAUAAACAAGUUAUACCGUAUCAAAUGCAUCCUUGCCUACGUAGUUUUCAACAUUUCUUGAUCCUGAUGCAGGAAAAGCACUUCCCACUUCGCAACACCACCAUACAGUACAUACUAAACAUAAACAAUAAAUAUGUACAUUAUAUACUUAUACAAUUGCAACAACAUACAAACCAUUGUUUGAAAAUUUCACAAAGAACAUGACCAAAAAAUCCCACUCUCUCACUUCUGACAAAAAUUCUGUAAUAAAUAAAUUGUUUCAUUUCUUUAAGCCACUCUAAAAUCACAAUUUAACAUUUUGUGUAAUACGUGUGUGCCACAGGGGAGCAUUUGUUCUCUCUUCUUGCUUUUAAUUUUAAAAUCUGUUUGUGGGCAGCACACAUGUAAGUUUUAGGUAUAUAUACAUUAUAUUUGGUUUUCAAACAACAAUUUACAAAUAAUUCCCAGCCUUCAUUCAAAGACUGACCAGUGAGUUCAUUUCGUAUCAAAAUGAUAUCAUCAUAAAAAGCUAUACUUUUCAUCAAUGGAAUUCCACAAUAAAGUCCCUAAAACACCCCUUUCUCUCCUAUUCAAUGCCUGUACAUGUAAGUGGCUGAAAAUUGCAAGUGACAAAAAAACAUACAUUUGUUUGAUAUGUAGUGAUAUUUUUACAUAUAUUAAUAUAUAUCAAUUAAAAUCUCUAAGUGUUAAGGAUCGAACAUAAAUAAAACAAAACUUUGACGAAACUAAGGGUGUAAUUGUAAGGAAAAAAGGUAAACACUGCCACAGACAACUUCAAAUAGGUACAGACUACAAAAGGAUUGUACAUCAAAUACAAAGUAUUUAUGUGGGUGUGUACAUACACUACAUACCCUGUGCAAUACCCGAAUAUAAUCUGCAUGCAUAUUGAUCCCUUUGCAUAACAUCCUAUUCUUUUUGGUGAACAAUACCAGAAGUUGUACAAAAUGUACCAUGUACCAUCGAACCCCUCUAUUGAGUCAUAGUGCUGAAAUUGGAAAGUAAAUUUUGAGUAGAUCUCUUUAAAAGAUUCGGGGAUCACUAUCAACCUCUUAAAUCCACAAAGGUUGAAUAAAAUAUAAUGCCAUAGGACAAAAAAAAACCCUAAUAAAAAAAUUAGAGAAAUACUAAUCUUUCCUCACUACCAUCAUCUACUUAUGAUAUUGGCUGUUUUGGGGGAUUUUAUCAGCUCCCAUGGUUAUAAAUCUGACAAAUUGGUAGAUAUAAGCAUCUUCGAGCACCAUAAAGACUUAUUUUACAAAUUUAAUCAUCACAUCUGUACAUGGUGAAUAUCCCGCAAUGUGCAUAAUAUGCACAUGUGGAUGUUGUUUAGAAAGAAGUGCCUUUCUAUGACUCACAGCUCAACACAUCUCCCCUCAUAGACAUUUAAUACAGGAAACACUACUGGGUCUGUAUCCUAAGAAUAUAUCCGCCGGGCAUUUCUUGUGCAUUCUCAGGGUUUCAGACGAUAUCCUUGCUUGCCUUUGGUGAUUUGACUAUCAGAUUUGAUGCCAUAUACAGCUUGUCCAUUCAAUAAAAAAGACUGAAGAACCUGAGUCAAUCUCCUUUAUCAGGUUGAUAGGUCACAUCCAAAAUGCUCCCAUGUCUUUUGGUCAAGAGACAUUUCAAUAUGUAGGACUAGAGGCUCCAUUUACAUUUGUCAAUGCAUUUCAACUUGUCCACUUAUCCCUUUUCAGAAAAUGGUCAAUUAAAUUUGUUGAGCAUCCUUCAUGUUGACAGGUCUUUGAAGAUUUUUUCCAUGCCUCCUAGGCCUGACUGAUUGGAGGGAUGUUUAAUUUUUUUUAAAGGGAUGUUUCAAUGUUCUCGCAUCUAUAUGCAGUUCAAAUUGUCCAUUCAGUGAAAAAUACCUUUGUAGGAAAACUUCACUUGAAUUCCUUGAGCACCUGUCAGGUUGAUCGGUCAAUGAGGACAUUCUUCCAUGCCUUCAAAUAGCCGACAAGUGGGGGGGGGGGGUGGUGUCAGUACCUAUUCAGGAAAUUUCUGGACUGGUAUUCAUGUUGAAAGGCCUUUGGAGACAUUAUUCCUUAACCUUCAUAAUGAUUGGACUUUGGGGAUAUUCUUGAUACUCAUUCAGAAAAUUACUGGAGUAGCUUUCAGGUUAAAAAUCUUUGGGGAUAUCAUUAUCAUUUAUGGUGAUAGGUCGUUGAUGAUAUCCUUACAUGCCUUUCAUGACUGAGUGGUUUUGUGGAUGGGAGCUUUUCAAUAGUUUUCAGCUUGUCCAUUCUUUGAACAUACCUUCUCAAAAAAUUCCUUUAGUGGCAUUCAUGUUGAUAGGUCUU